AACACAAAUUCCAUAAGUGAAGACAAAGGAGAAGAGACUACACAGAGCCGCUUAGAGACGGCCACUAAAACACAUCUUCUUCCUUCCCCAGCCGGCUUUCCUCUGUAUUUACUCAACACCCAUCUCCCAUUAAAGAACACCCAUCUCCUCUUCAAAACUUUAUCUUAAUUCUCUGCAGAUCUUCGACGUUUGUGGGUUUUAAUGGCGAAGAUCUCUCAGCGAAGCCAAAGAAAUAACACUGCUGCAAACACAAGCGCUACAAAUUCUACUACAACCAAGCCAAAGCGAACAAGAAAAACUGUUCCUAGAGAUUCUCCUCCUCAGCGCAGCUCCAUCUACCGUGGUGUUACAAGGCACCGGUGGACGGGACGUUAUGAAGCUCAUCUGUGGGAUAAGAAUUGCUGGAAUGAAUCACAGAACAAGAAAGGAAGACAAGUAUAUCUAGGGGCAUAUGAUGAUGAAGAAACUGCAGCACAUGCCUAUGACUUGGCAGCAUUAAAGUACUGGGGACAAGAUACCAUCCUUAAUUUCCCUUUGUCAACUUAUCAAGAAGAGCUCAAAGAUAUGGAGGGUCAGUCAAAAGAAGAGUACAUUGGAUCUCUCAGAAGGAAAAGCAGUGGAUUUUCUCGUGGGGUUUCUAAAUAUAGAGGUGUAGCAAGACAUCAUCACAAUGGAAGAUGGGAGGCUCGUAUUGGCAGAGUAUUUGGCAACAAAUACCUUUACCUUGGAACUUAUGCCACUCAAGAAGAGGCAGCCACUGCUUAUGACAUGGCAGCUAUCGAAUACCGUGGACUUAAUGCUGUUACAAAUUUCGAUCUUAGUCGUUAUAUCAAAUGGCUACGUCCAAAUGCUCGAAAUGAAACUCAUCAAAACCAUAACCAUAUUGAUAAUGGUAAUUUGAUACCAAACCCUAGUCAGGACUUUGGAUUAAGCUUUACAUCCUACCAGCAAAGCUUAAGUACAAAAGAAAACACCACCUCUCUGCCACGACCUAGUGGUGGAAGUGUUGGCUCGGCCUCAUCUGCAUUAGGGCUUCUACUGCAAUCCUCAAAGUUUAAGGAGAUGCUUGAGAGAACAUCUAGUAAUGAUUAUCCUUUGAUGCCAUUAGAGUCCGAUCCGCCACGAAAGAGCUUUCCAGAUGACAUUCAGACGUACUUUGAUUGCCAAGAUUCCAGUAACUAUACCGAGGGAGAUGAUAUUAUUUUUGGAGAGCUAAAUACAUUUAGCUCACCGAUUUUUCACUGUGAACUUGAUUGUUGAAGAAGGAUGCUCGGCAAGAUAAGACUAUCCUUACAGUAUAAAGAUUUAUGAGGAUUCUGUGAAUAUGAAGGUAAGGAUGGUUAUAGGAGAAAAGAUGAUGCACAAGGGCAUGAAAAUUGACUAUUCAGAAUUAUUCUUUACUUUUUUCC